AUGAACCGAAAGAAGGAUAAAGGGUUUGAGAGUCCACGACCAUACAAAUUGACCCAUCAGGUGGUGUGCAUCAACAACAUCAAUUUCCAGAGGAAAUCUGUGAUAGGAUAUGUUGAGUUGACCAUCUUCCCCACGGUUGUGAACCUGAACCGAAUCAAACUGAACAGUAAGCAGUGCCGAAUCUACCGGGUCCGAGUGAAUGACCUGGAGGCUCCGUUUAUUUACAACGACCCGACGCUGGAGGUCUGCCACCACGAGUCCAAACAGAGGAACCUAAACUAUUUCUCCAGUGCCUACACGGCAGCUGUCAGUGCUGUGGACCCAGAUGCAGGCAAUGGAGAGCUGUGUAUUAAAGUGCCUUCUGAGCUGUGGAAACAAGGAGAUGAGAUGAAGGUGUUGAAGGUGUACAUCGAGUUCUCCCUGGACCAGCCCAAGGGAGGUCUGCACUUUGUGGUGCCGGACGUGGAGGGCAGCAUGGCGGAGAGAGGAGCUCACGCCUUCUCCUUCGGCUACCAGAACUCCACGCGGUUCUGGUUUCCCUGCGUGGACUCUUACUCGGAGCUGUGCACGUGGAAGUUGGAGUUCACGGUGGAUGCGUCCAUGGUGGCGGUGUCGUGUGGAGAUCUGGUGGAAACGGUUUACACCCACGACAUGAGGAAAAAAACCUUUCACUACAUGCUGCCCAUCCCCACCGCCGCACCCAACAUCUCAAUGGCUGUGGGGCCCUUCGAGAUACUGGUUGACCCUUACAUGCAUGAGGUCACUCAUUUCUGCCUCCCUCAGCUGCUGCCUUUGCUGAAACACUCCAUGUCCUACCUGCAUGAGAUCUUUGAGUUCUACGAGGAGAUCCUCACCUGUCGCUACCCUUACUCCUGCUUCAAAACCGUCUUCGUAGACGAGGCCUACGUCCAGGUGUCCUCAUACGCAUCUAUGAGUAUUUUCAGUACAAACCUGCUCCACAGUGGCAUGAUUAUAGACCAGACUCCGCUGACCCGCCGUUGCCUGGCCCAGGCUUUGGCACAGCAGUUCUUUGGCUGUUUCAUCUCCCGUAUGUCCUGGUCCGAUGAGUGGGUUCUAAAGGGGAUCUCCGGAUACAUAUACGGUUUAUACCUGAAAAAGACGUUCGGCGUGAACGAGUAUCGCCACUGGAUCAAAGAGGAACUGGACAAGAUCGUGGACUAUGAGCUGAAGACAGGGGGAGUUCUGCUGCAUCCGACCUUCAGCGGGGUCAAGGAGAAGGACAAUCCAACUCCUCACCUGCAUUUCUCCAUUAAACACCCUCACACGUUGUCCUGGGAGUACUAUAAGAUGUUUCAGUGUAAGGCCCAUCUGGUGAUGAGACUGAUUGAGAACAGGAUCAGUAUGGAGUUUAUGCUACAGGUGUUUAACAAGCUGCUGAGUUUGGCCAGCACAGCCUCAUCCCAGAAAUACCAGUCACACAUGUGGAGUCAGAUGCUGCUGUCCACAUCUGGCUUCCUUAAGUCCAUCUCCAACGUGUCGGGCAAAGACAUCGGCCCCCUCAUCAAACAGUGGGUCGACCAGAGCGGGGUGGUGAAGUUUUUUGGCAGUUUCGCCUUCAACAGGAAGAGGAAUGUUCUGGAACUGGAGAUUCGGCAGGAUUACACCUCGUCCGGAACGCAGAAAUACGUGGGUCCGAUAAAGGUGACGGUUCAGGAGCUGGAUGGCUCUUUUAAUCACACCCUACAGAUUGAAGAGAACAGCCUGAAACAUGACAUCCCAUGUCACUCAAAGAGCAGAAGAAACAAGAAGAAGAAAAUCCCUCUCAUGAACGGGGAAGAAGUGGACAUGGAUCUGUCAGCCAUGGACGCCGACUCUCCUCUGCUGUGGAUCCGGAUCGACCCGGACAUGUCCAUCCUGCGGAAGGUGGAGUUCGAGCAGCCGGACUUCAUGUGGCAGUACCAGCUGCGGUACGAGCGGGACGUGGUGGCCCAGGAGGAGGCGAUCGGCGCCCUGGAGAAGUUCCCCACCCCGGCCUCUCGCCUCGCCCUCACCGACAUCCUGGAGCAGGAGCAGUGCUUCUACAAAGUCCGCAUGCAGGCCUGUUUCUGCCUGGCCAAGAUUGCCAAUGCCAUGGUCAGCACUUGGACAGGACCUCCUGCCAUGAAAUCUCUCUUCACCAGAAUGUUCUGCUGUAAGAGCUGCCCCAACAUCGUCAAGACCAACAACUUCAUCAACUUUCAGAGCUACUUCUUACAAAAGACCAUGCCUGUCGCCAUGGCUUUGCUCAGAGACGUUCAGAGCCUGUGUCCCAAAGAGGUCCUGAACUUCAUACUGGACCUCAUCAAAUACAAUGAUAACAGGAAGAACAAGUUCUCGGACAAUUACUAUCGUGCCGAGUUGAUUGACGCGUUGACCAAUUCGCUCACCCCUGCCAUCAACAUCAAUAACGAGGUCCGUACGGUAGACAACCUGAACGGCGACGUGCGGCUCAUCCUCGAGGAGGUCACGCGUUUCCUGAACAUGGAGAAGCUCCUGCCCAGUUAUAGAAACACCAUUACUGUCAGCUGUCUCAGGGCGAUCCGGAUGCUGCAGAGAAACGGGCACAUUCCCAGCGAGCCCGGGCUGUUCAAGUCCUACGCUGAGUACGGACACUUUGUGGACGUGAGGGUAGCCGCCCUGGAGGCUGUGGUGGAUUACACGAGAGUUGACAGGAGCUCCGUAGAACUGCAGUGGCUCCUUAACAUGGUGCAGAACGACCCCGUGCAUUACGUCAGACACAAGAUUCUCAGCAUGCUGUGGAAGAAUCCGCCGUUUACCAAAGCAUCCGAGUCCUCCCUGUGUAACGAGGCUCUGGUCGACCAGCUCUGGAAGCUGAUGAACUCAGGGACCUCACAUGACUGGCGUCUGCGGUGUGAUGCAGUGAACCUGUAUCACACCCUGUUUGGGUUGACCAGGCCGUCCUGUCUGCCCUUGCCCGAGCUGGGCCUGGUUCUGAACCUGAAGGAGAAGAAAGCCGUGCUCAACCCCACCAUCAAACCAGAGCAGUGCUCCGCUGGCCCCGAACCCCCACCUGCCGUCGGCUUCUCCAGCAACCUGGAGGAGGAGCACGUUGUCAUAGAAACGCCUCUGAGCGGCGUCGCCAUGGCACCCCAGGGUCUGAAGAGGAAGGCAGAUACUCCCUUGGGCUCGCCCCCAGAACCGGGGCAGGUUCUACAGGAUGAGCCGAAUGCCAAAGGCCCGGUCAAGAGCAGGGAGGAAGAGGAUAUUGACAUGGACACAGUGCAUGAUAGUCAGGCCUUUAUUUACCACCAUCUCAACAUGCUGGAGAGACCCUCCACACCGGGUAAAGAACCUCCUACAGUGGAGCUGUCCAUGCCAGCCACGCCCCUUCCUGCCUUCACCAAGGAAACAAGCUCCUCCUCCAAGCACGGCGGAGGCAGCGACCACCAUCAUCACCAUCACCACCAUCACGAGCACAAGAAGAAGAAGAAAAAACACAAACACAAACACAAGCACAAACACAAACACGAGAGCAAGGACAAGGACCGCGACCGCGACACGCAUGCUUUCAGCAACAGCCCGGCCAGCGGCCGAUCCAUGCGCUCCCCGUCUCUGUCUGACUGAGAAAGGACACA